UCUCUCUCUCUCUCUCUCUCUCUCUCUUGUUUUUGCUUUUUCUCUGUCGCGCACAGCUUGGAGCAACAUCAGGUUUUCUUUACGCCUCUACGCGGAACAAACGUUUCCGCACUCAGCAGUUCGGAGAGAUGGCAGGUGUGCACAGGAGUCGCACCUUCACCCUCCUCUCUUUAAGCAACCCACGAGCACGCUUCAGCAUCCAGGAGCGACGCUUAGUAGCAGAAUGACGGGAUGCACGCAACCUCUUCAAAUGCCUUUGGACUGAUUAAAGCAGACGCCAGACGCAAGACGGUCAACCUUUCGGCAGAACACUUUAGAUAAAAGAAGAAGAAAAAUGUUUCUUUUUUUUUUAACUUUUGGGUAAUUUCAGAGAGUGAAUUCCAUCGCUUUAAAAUCCCAGUAAUGACCCAACGCAGUGGAUGCGUGUAACAUGAUGCGCUCGCUGCUUACAUUCUGUUCAAAAAGGCUACACCGUGUGCAGGCACACUUACGCAUAAAGGAUAUGCUGUGAGCACACCUUGUGAUUCUUUGUAAUGGGACACUGGAUACAAGGACUGCAGCUUGAUUCAAGAGCUUUGGGUCUGAGGGCGUCAACACCAUGCAGAUAGACCCCACACUCUGAACUUCUGGGACGUUUGCGCCUCCUUGAGCCUCGGAUUUCGUACAAUAUCUGGGAAAAUGGCACUGAGCGAAAACUGCAAAACGCAACCUCCAAAAGAGCAGGUGUCCGUGCAAAAUACUCCAUCGGAUGUCAUUGAGUUAAACGUGGGCGGGCAGGUAUAUUACACUCGCCAUGCCACGUUGUCAAGCUUUCCAAAUUCGUUACUUGGCAAGCUGUUCUCUAACAGGAAGGGGUCUUCAAAUGACCUGUCCCGGGAUUUUAGAGGACGUUAUUUCAUCGACCGAGACGGCUUUCUGUUUCGCUAUGUAUUAGAUUAUCUUAGAGAUAAGCAAGUUGUCCUCCCAGACCACUUCCCCGAGAGAGGAAGAUUGAAAAGAGAGGCGGAAUACUUUCAGCUGCCAGAUUUGACCAAACUUUUGUCGUCCGAGGAUUCCAAACUAUUACCAGACGACUUGUACAACAGCGAUUUGGAUGAUGCGUCGCAGGGAAGCGACCAGAGAUUUUACCCCUCUUACUCCUCGGACCGCAGGUACGGCUACAUCACGGUCGCGUUCAAAGGUGCGUGCGCUGGUGGAGACAGAGAAAGUCAAAUUGAUGUCAAGGCGAAAAAGUUGUCGAGGAUUUUCAUCAGCAGUAGGAUUGGAUUGGCAAAAGAGGUAUUUGGAGACGCCCUGAAUGAGAACAGGGACUUGGACAGACCACCGGACCGUUACACCUGCAGGUUUUACCUCAAGUUCAGGCACCUGGAGAGAGCUUUUGACAUGCUGUCAGAGAGCGGCUUUCACAUUGCGGCCUGCAAUUCGUCCCUGACUGCGUCCUCCAUCGGUCAUUACGCAGAUGACAGGGUCUGGUCCAAUUACGCACAGUACAUCUUCUACCGUGGGCCCUCAAGGUGGUCGUCCUCCCACUGUGAAUGCUGCUGCAAGAGCCACAAAAGCGAGCGUGAAGGAGAGAGCGGCACUUCCUUCAACGAGCUCUCCACUUCCUGUUCUGAGACCCAGUCGGAGGCCAGUUCCCCGCAAGGGACCGUAAUCUGUGGCCCCGUCAGCCGGCGCUCCAAUAUCCAGACGCUGGACCGCCCCAUGCCCAAAGGAUCAGCUCACAUGCUGCGUCAGGCGGAGAUGCGCCGCAAGACUGACAUGCUCCGAGUCAGAACCUUCGGGGUCCGAGAUCGAGAGGCAGCGAAGAGGAAAGCUCACAAGCAGAAGAUGACUCCAGCGCAGGAGCUGGAGAAAUGCAUCCAGGACUUCCGGCGCAUCAGGAUUCCUGAUCGCUUUCCGGAGAGGAAGUACAUGUGGCAAUCCGAGCUCCUGAGAAAGUACCGUCUCUGAAUGGGUGUUAAAAAGAAGGUGAUAGUUGUCAUCGUGUCACCAUCGAUGGAGUGCAUA